UUUGACCUGCACUUGCCGUUCUUUCGGUUAUUCGUCACAGUUUUUAUUUCUAGAAUCAUAUGAUAAUGGUUCUUUCUUAAUUUUUAUUAAUGUUUUACUUUACCAAUUGCCUCUCGCACAUACCAUUAAACUCAUACACCACACCAUGAAGAAACACCAUCAGUUAUCUGUCAUCAGAGACCUCGUGAAACCUACCACGCAUAAUCUUGAUGGUGCAAACACAACCCUCUCGGAUGCCCUUGAGAAAAAUUUGGAAUUGGUCAUUCAGAAAUAUUCGAUCAACACUGAGAAUCUGAAAUACUUUGGCCCAAAUGAUGAUCCAUGUUGGAAAUUUGUUUGCCUUUCACUUUCAUUGCUGGAGGAAUUAAAAGAAGGAAUUUGCACAGCAGAAAAAAUCGAAGAUGAGCUCAUAAGUCUAUCGGAGCGAAAGGAAAUCUUGUCUUGUAUGGAAUUUGUCAUAUCUCUAGGUCUCAAACCCUAUCUUCUUCCAGGAGUUGGUAUUCCUUCUCCAUCAGACCUACAAAGAGCAGAAUUUCUCAAACAUCUUCAAACGUUGAAUCAUUUACAGAAGUAUGAGAGGCUUUGCAUUACAGUCCGCAGUCUAUUACUUUUGAAAGAUGAAUUUAUAUUCCAGUCGGUAUUAAUCCCCAAGUUCUUCAACGACCUGUUAGCUGCACUUUUUCAAUUAUGUUUUACUCCUUUGAAACGGCCCGAUGACAAUGCCUCUUCUGUGAACUCGGAAGACGCAAUGACUCUAGACCUGUGGAACAAGCUGCAAAUAGAUAGACAGGACUUCCGCCAGAAACUUGAAUUCAUUCUCAAAAGUUCUCAUCAAUCUUCCUUGAUCAAAGAAAUCAUGGUCAUUCAAGGCAGUAAGGCAUGUCCCAAAUGGUUGAAACUAGCCUGCAGCAAACUACUCUCGGAAAGAUUAAAGCAACCAGGAGGUCUCAGAGCAACUGUUACAGCUCUUUGCGAUUCUGAUUUCGAUUCACCUACUACAUGGAAGAAAUUAGAUGUGAUAACUCGAAUUAUUCUUAGUCCAGAUAUAAAUUGUGCUGAUGAUUACUAUGAUAAAAUUGUCACUCAACUUUUGGAUAUUCUUCACUGCUCAGAAAGUAAUGAUAAUAAAUUCGAAUCAGUCAUGAAAGAAGUCUCCGUCCGCUGUAUCAAGCUCAUUACAGAGGCCCCUAAUGUACCAGAAAAGAGGCAAUUGCUUAAAUUCAUAAUGCGCCCGUUACUUUUCCCAUCUGCUUCCAUUCAGGAGACGGAAAUCACAAUCUGUAUAUCAGACCUCCUCACCUGUUGCACUCUUUCCAGAAAUGAAAUGUUCCGGGUGUCUCCAAAGUUACUUACUCCGAUCGUCUAUAGGUUGUUUUUGUUAUUGGUCAAAUUAAACACCUCUCCAUCAUCGCUCAAAAAUGACGUAAAAAACUUGAUUUACUGCAUAUUUUGUGACCUGCAAGAAGAUGAAACUCUCUAUGGUGUGUUGUUCGUGUGUCUUUUCAAUGAUAUCAGUUUUUGCCAUCAAGUUCUACCUUUAAAUAGCCACAAAUUUGAGCUUGGAGAUAGUGGAAGAGUCUGUUUUAAAGAAGGUUACAACAAAGUACUUACGGAUGAAACAAGCAGUAUUAUCAUUGAUCUUUUCAUUGAGAAAGACUCAGAAAGAGUUACUCUCAAAAAAGUGUUUGUUAAGUUGUUGACCAUUGUCGCAGAGAAUGAUCCAGUUGUUCAUGAUUUUGAGCGAUAUCUCAUUGUCAUCAAAACUUUGUCAACUCUUUCGAGUGAUGAGAAGAUUCAGAAAAUUAUAAAUGAGGAACCAAAACUUAUCGUUGAUUUCGUAAAAUCACUUCUCAGCGGGACCUUAGAUGAUAGUGUUGAAAUAAUUUGCCUUGGUUUAAUGAUCUUAGAUGUCAUUUUAAGCAAUGUAACCCAUUCUAGUCUGCGUCAGGACAGCUCUUAUUUUAAAACUUUGAUCAAGCCACUGUCAAAAACUUUGGAAACAACGAAGAACGAUGAGAUUCGGUCAUUAGUUGAGCGGAUUUUAAAGUUACUAAAAGAGCAAACCAGUGGAAGUAGGAAAGAACCAUCCAAAUCCUCUGCUGAUCUAGUCCCCAUAAAAGACGGAAACACGAAACAACUUUCAUUUCAAGAGGCUAUGCAUGAUGUUUGUGAUGCUCUCCUCCCUGUGCGAGCGCAUGGUAUGAUGCAUCUUACAAAAUUGAUUCGUGCCAAGGAUCAAGAAGCCCUUGCCAAAAAAGAUGUUUUGUUCUGUUUGUUCAAGGAAAAUCUGAAGCAUGAAGACUCUUACUUAUACCUGAGUGCAGCUGACGGCCUAGCAAGUUUAGCAGCAGAGCUACCAAAUUCUGUUCUGGUUACACUUAUCGAUGAAUACUCGUCUAAUGAGAACCCAGAGCUAAGACUGAAAGUUGGUGAAACUUUAGUGAAGUGCACCAGAAUGCUUGGAGAGUUAGUACCAACCUACAAAACUGAGUUGCUGAAUGCAUUUUUAUCUGGCACAAGGGACUUGGAUCCACUAGUCAGGGCAUCCAGCUUAUCCAACCUUGGAGAGGUGUGCCAGCUUCUUGGUUUUAGAAUUGGCUCUAUUAUUGUGGAGAUUUUGGAAUGCGUCAGCAAUAUAAUCUCCUCAGACAAAGAUCCAGAACCAAGACGUGCAGCAGUGAUGGUUAUAACAAUGUUGUUGAAAGGGCUUCAAAAUGACCUCUUUCAGGUCCUAGAGAAGCAACUGCUAUCUUUGUACAGAGCGCUGAAACAAAUCUAUGUGAACGAACAAGAUGACAUCGUGAAACUGCAUGCUCAGCUCGCUAUUGAGGAGCUAAACCGAAUCACCAAAGACUUCUUUUUUCCGCAGCAAAUUCUCCCGGAGAAGAUUCAAACCUUGGACAUUACGUGAUUGCUACUUUCAUCCUCUUAUAUCAUAGAAGAGUAAGAAUUUUCCAGGAUUUUAACUGCCAACAAUCUGUAGGUGUUUGUGAUGAUAUAGUGGAAUAUGUCAUUACUCAACAAUGCUUAUGCACAUCUUAAGCCCAAGUUUAUUCUAGAUAUUUUUUGGAGUGGAAAUUUUACAAAAACCUUGGAAUGGGCUAAUUAAUAUUUCUGAUCCUGACAAAUUCUCUUUUUUCUUAAUUAUCCGAUGCUGCCACAUCUUUCACAUCGAAAGGUCCACUUUCCAGGAUUGCCGGCGGUCUGGAAAAGUCAGGGAAUCUUUAAAUAAAGCUUUACAUCAUCAGCAAACCAUAGAGAUUUUACAAAAUAUAUAACUAGAGCAAGAUUGUUGAAGAAUAUUAGAAACAGGACACUGGCCAGAUGGGCACCUUGUGGAACACCCGAAAGGGCGUCAAUGUAAUCAGAUAUAAAACCUUGAAUCCUGAUUCUCUGGAUUCGGCCUGUUAAAAGGGAUUGGAACCAGCUUAAGAGGGGGCCAGAAAUUCCACAACUAUACAAUUUUGAUAUUAGGCGCGCAUGAUUUACUGUAUCAAAGGCUUUUUGUAUAUCUAGGUAAACGACAUGAGUCUCGCAGUUCUCAGAAAACGCAUCAAGAAUAAACUCUUCCAAGAGAGCAAGAUUGCUAACUAUUUAUUUCCUUGGGAGGAAGCCAUGAUGUUGCUCAGAAAUGAGUGGAAAGAUGAACGGUGAUAUGAUUUUAUGAACAGCGGCAUCAAAUGCCUUAGCAAAAACGGAAGCGAUAGUAAUUGGUCUAUAAUUUCUAAUGUUAGAGGGAUUUCCAGUUUUAUAAAUAGGAGUAAUACAGCUAAAAGGUUUGGCCAUGUUGUCUCUUGCAACCAGUUGCUUCUCUUUGAAUGAGUCAGCCCAAGCUUUAAGACCACUCAGAUCCAUUCUCAAAGUUGCAGAUGUAUACCCAGGUAGAAUGAUUUGAUCUGGAUUGAGAAGGACGUCAUUAGCAUCCCACAAGGCACCAGAAAUUGCAUUGUUCCGACGGAAGUAAGCUCGGAAGAGCUGUGGGUUGUUAAUGUUUGCUAAGCACACAACAGUAGCUCUCAAAUUUGAGAGUGUCAUAGAAUAAGGUGACGGAGCAUAACCUUCAAGUUCACCAUCAUGUGUGAUGGCAAGGUGACUUUCUGGAACAAAGGGCACAAAUGUCACAUUGUCGUGGGUAAAGCGACAAAGAGCGUCGAGUGCCUUAAUGAUAGGAGCAAAAUUCCUAGUUAGAGCAGCUAUGUCAGUUUCAAAAGAUUGAAACUGAUAAAUAUCAGCUGGAACAGGAUGGGGAGGAAUGGUAGUUCCUCCAUCUUGUAGGGCCAAGCGUAAUACGUAAUCAGCUUGUCCAAGCGUUCCUCGAAACAUUCAGUAGAUUUUAACACCAAAGGGCAAUGGUGACUGACACAUAAUUACUUCAUUGUAGCACUUUUGAGUAAGAAAACCAAAACCUCGCGUAGAAAUAGAAAGUUGUGAGUUAGGUGUUGUCUUUUGGCUUUCGGUUUGUGCUAUGAGCUGCAUGUAAGCUUCUGCUCUUUUCUUGAGUUGGGACUCUCGGUGUUUUGCUUUUUGCAAUCUCUUUGGCAUUGCGUUUAUUCCUGGCUCCUUUGCCUUUUCGAGCUUCAAUUGGUCUUUCCAACCUUUACCGGUAGUAGGGGUAACAAUCUCAUCUUUGGAAUACAUGUUUGAAAAAUUGAGUAAGAUACCUCGUGUACACAGACACGAUACAAUACAAAAAAAUGAGGCCAAAGGCAGUAAUAUAUGACAUAAGGUACAGUAACAUUGGAAUGAUGUUAAGUAACCAAUUGUAAUAAAGCAGAAAUAUAAUAUUUCAAGACAAAGAUGGUAAUACGUGCUGUAAGAUAUAAUGACGUGGGAAUAAUGUUACGUAGCAAUUAUAGUAAUAUACAAUAAUAAUUCAAGACAAAUACAGUAAUACAUGCCAUAAGAUAUAAUGACGUGGAAAUUAUGGUACAUAACACAUACAAUGAACAAUAAAUCGCUUAAUAAUGUGAGAAGAUGUUCGGGUUGUUUUUAAUUAUAUGAGAAGUUUAUUAAAAAUUCAUUAUGGUUUUAGAUGUUGUGCAACCUAAACAACUUUUACCUUCUUACCUACUUUAUUCUAGGCAAGGAUAUCAAGGAAAUUAAAUGAAGAGUCAGACUCAGUACAUUUAAAGUCUUUCGGCUAUGUAUAUUGAGGCAAUGACAGAAUUUAGUAUUAAAAUUAUUACCACAGCUUCGUAGCACUCUUGGAAACAUAAAUUUGAAAUGUUCUGCUAUGGAAUUAGUCGUUAAAUUGUUAACCGUCUGCUCCUGUGAAUUAGGUAGUUUCAGUGGCCAUAAAUUAAAUUUUGACGACCAUUGUCUUCCAAUAAGGCUGACCUCUGUACCAGGCAUAACAUACAAUUUUAGCAUUGCAGUAUGAACUGUGGCGAAGCAAUUUACACAAGUGUAGCUGUGAUCUGCAAUCGUUUUGCUAGACCUAAUUGCUAUUGAACAGCUUCAUUUGGAGCAACUCCCAGGGGGUCUUGAAUUAUUUGCUGUGACUCGUUGUACACUAAGUGGUCCAUAUAAUCAUGUUGUAACACACAAAAAUUGUGCAGAACACACGCCACCGUUACAGUUUUUGAGAUUUUCUCGUGUUUGUAUGUGUUUAUAUGUUGGAGCCGGACCCAUCUUCCUUUCAGCAACCCAAAGGUGUUCUCUAUUUUCAUUCUGCAAGAAAAAGAAUACAUGAGUUCAGUAUAUUGAGCGGUCCAGCAUCUCAUUAAGAGACAUAAGAGAGCAUGAGUCGCUUUGAAAUCUGCACGAAUUUUUCAGCAAUAACUCCAUCAUGACCUAAUCACGUUGGUUUCUGAUCACCAGGGGUUUAAGAGGAAUGAAAGAAAAAAUAUAUAUAGAUAUAUCUCACAGGGAGAAGUUCACCUCCUUUUAUUGUGACAAAAAUAGGUAUUCUGUUAACACAAUAUUGCAAAAGUAAUAUCAUGCCAUUCAUUUUUCUGUUUCAUAUCUCUAUUCUGUGAAUUACUUAUGAGUCUAUUUACUUUUUCCUUGAGUAUGAAAAAUGUCCUUUUAUUGGCUGUACCUGGUACAUAUUUCUCAUAAAAAAACCUAACAAUUUUUAAAAUUAUUGGUGAAUAAGUGGAUUAUGAAAAUGGGUGAAAUGCUUCAUUUCUUACCGGGUUUGACUAUGUCGCUUGUUGAAGCGUUUCUGCGCCACUGUCAAGUUCCGAUGUUUAUACCUGACUAUCAUGUACGAUGUCAAGGCGUAAGCCGGAUCCCCAAGCAAGUGGUAACGGUCUUGGUAAAAUAGUGCCUUUUUACCCUUUUGAUUUAUGGCUCUUUUCAAACUUGAUAAUCUAAAUACUUGUGCAUCGUGCACACGGCCAGGUGCUCCAACAAAGAUAUGUGUAAAAAAGCGUUUGCUAGUACAGACACCUCGUAAAACGACUGACUUGAACAUUUUUCUAUUUAUGUAGCUGUUCCCAAUUGUUUUUCUAAACUUGGCAGAAAUGUGGCUACCAUCUAUGACUCCAAUCACUCCUGUUUUGAAAAAUAAAAAAUUUUUAAAAUUCAAAAUACAACAAUUUGAAAAAUAAGUUGUAUCAAUAACAUUUCCAAGAAGCUACAAAAACAAAUUCUGAAUCCACGAGGUAAUAGACAGUUGGUAGUUCCCUUGAUUAAUUCUAAAACAUCACAAUGGAGUUACUCUCUCUUACAUCAAAAGGGUCAAAUUUUGAGUAAGAUUAAGGUUUGGCGCAAUGUUACUUCAUGGAACUAAUAUGUAUUUUUUUUACUUUCACUGAACCAUCUUAAAAUUUUCCAUUUACAAAUUAGAUAUUGUUUCAGUAUAGUUCUUAGCAUUUUAGUUUAUUUUGUAUUCUCUUCUUGUAACAUGUAACUUUGCCUUAUUGAAAGAAAAGCCUUGUCAUUAGAUGUAUUCUAUCCGUUAUCAGCUUAAUAAUAGAGUUGACGUCAAACUAUCAGUGAAGUGUACCUGAUAUGUUAUAAUAAAUUGAUCUGACUCUUAGGUAAAUACACAAGAAAGUACAAGACUUUGCUGCUUUUUAGAUCUUCGACAAAACUUCAAAGAAAAUUUCAUCCGUAUCCCCGAGUCAAUAUCAUAAGCUUUAUUACAUUUUCAUACCUUCUGCUGCGCGCUGAGUUUGCUUUCGAAUGACUGCCUGAGGUUGUUGAUUUGGUUGUCGAAUGACUGCCUGAGGUUGUUGAUUUGGUUGUCGAAUGACUGCCUGAGGUUGUUGAUUCUGUUGUCGAAUGAUGGCCUGAGGUUGUUGAGUUUGUUGUCUAAUGACUGCCUGAGGUUGUUGAGUAUGUUGUCUAAUGACUGCCUGGGGUACCUGACGGACGACAAAUUGCUGAGUUGUUUGCUGUCGAACAACGUUCUGAUUCCGCUGAUGAAUGAGUGACAGUUGUGCCUGAUAGAGCACCAGCUGACUCGGCUUCGGAGCAAUUGGUCGCACUCUGAUCACCAUAGGCUUUCCUAUAAUGAAACAAAGAGCGAACUUAAAGUUACCAAUUGCUAUCAUUAAUUACAAGAUUGAAAUGAACACCUGAAGCAGACUAGUAAAUGAAGAAGCUUACUACCUUAGGAACUCAUUCUGUUUGGAAAAAAAAACUCCAUAGAAUGUUUGCAGAUUGGAAAUUUUCGACUUGAUACUUUUGAAGCGAUUUCAAAAUUUGAUAUGAUGAGCUACAUGUAUAUAUAGUCAGAUCAGCAGUGAGAUAUCGCCCAAUGAACCCUCUUAAAUCCUCCUGAAAUCAUAUUAAAGUUAAUCCUACGCGUGAAUGAUGACUUCUAAUUACCAUACAGAAUAGCGUAAAAAAAGGCAAGUAUGAAGCACCAGUGACGAAGCCGCCUCUCCAGUAGCCAUUCGUCGUCAUUAACUCAUGAGCCAUUUGCACAACGCUCUUAACACAUGCCUACAGCUCAUGAAGUGUGCACAUAGUUUCAUUUGACAGAAUGUAAAAUCUCGCUUAUCCAAUUCAGCGAACGGAACUGUGUGCCGACUAAAUGCAAGACUCAUGAGCCGUGGGCAUGUGUCAAAAGCAGCUUGCUUGCAGACCAAUUAUCAAUAUGAGACAUAUCUUUUCCCGACAAGACAAAGCUGGAUUGAUUAAACGACCAGCAAGUGCAUCUGAAACCUUUUCGCUGGCCAAAUGGCCACCUAACUAAAGGCACCUCCUCGCUGGUGCGGGCGGACAACAUGUCAAUAAACUGGCUUAACAAAAGGCUCACAACGCGGUUACUUGUCAUCCGAUCAAUAGAGCUUGAUAGCUGGUCUGUCACAUGGCAUCAGUAUAAUUCAAUCAAAGCUUGCCUGCCAGAAUAAUACAUGAUCCCAACGAUCGGCCUGCUGAAAUGUGCUCUAGUUUUUGUUGGUUUGUUCACGGCAAUCCGAGUGGUGGAACAAUUUACCCAGUACUACAAAAUUACGCAUGAAGUGUGCAAAUAAUUGAGACUACACUUAAUGUGGGAAAUGAUGUACAAUUGAAUAAAGCAGCAUUACUUACCUAAGUUCAGUUUGCUCGUUGGUUCAACCAUGAUAGCAGGUAGAUUUUGGGACGAUAAAGGAUGGACAGACCCCGGGUUCUCAGAAGAUUUUCUGGUCUAUUUCUGUCAGGAUGAUGAUUAUUCGACAAAAAAAUGUGAUGGUCGGAUGAUAGUGUUGCUCUGAAAAAUCAGAUGGUCGUUCGCCGCCUCAUUAAGAACUCAAAAGCACAAAGUUUAAAUACAAACUCCGCAUGUACUUGCUUUACAUACAAUCAAAAUAGCGAAGAAUAACAGAAAUUCAGGUGAAACAUGAAGUUUCUGACAUCGAUUGCAUCAAUUCAAAAAUCGGAUUCAGGUCCGGAGGUGAAUUCGAAAUUUCAAAUUGAUGGAUUUCACCAGUCUCCGGUGAGACCAACGAAUAAGUCGAAUUUCAUUUAAAAAAAAUGCACAGUCAUCGAAUAUCAUUCAACGGUGAAUGAUAUUCGAUCGCGAAAAUUCGCUUCUAAUCUUAAUUGAAUGAUCAUCUUACCUACUCAACUGGAGUAGUUCUAAAUGAAUUUUUUGUAAAAUUCAAAAGGACAAAAUUUUACUUUAUCUCUGCUUCGCUAAAAGUGAUUCGGACAUGUUGUAAAUUUUAAAAUGAAUUUUAAACACUGUAGGUAAUCUGUUAAGUAUAUUUUAUGCUACUUCUUUGUUUUCUUUAUCGGGAACUAUGGUCACUUGCUUUUUUUCCUUUUUCGCCUGAUGCAAAUUCGGUUGUCACUAUUGACACCUUUAUACUAUGGCCAUUUCGGCUUCAGCAGAAGCCUUCAUCAGGUAAUUUUAAAAAACGAACAAUGAAAACAAAAACAAAAUCCAGAAGCUAAAAAUUCCGCGUAUUUAUCGCCGGCGGCGCGUCGCGAUACCGAUAUAUUUUAUGCUUCCUCUUAACUGAAAAAAAGAUGUUACUUUUUAUUCUGAAGGUAUAGAAAAGAUGAAACAAGUGUAAUAAAAUGAUUUUUUAUUGAUUUGUUUUCCUCAUACUAAUUUCGUUAGUUUUUGUAUUUCUGAAUAAAAUGUGUUACUUUGAACCAAA